AUGAGCGUAGCUCAUAAAGAUACGUUAACUCCAGCAGAAUCGGAGAUUUCUCUCUUAAAAUGGGGAAUACAUUUCGAGAUUUGUUGCCAAAUCGCAGACCAGCACAGAGACUUAGACAGAAAGCCUAGCAUAAUAGUAAUAGACGGGAGGACCGACAAAGGAAUCAAAAAUUCAAUUAUCACCAAAGUGGUACAGAAUCCAGUAGACAAUUAUGAGCCAGACGUGGUUCAACAUUAUAUAGAUUCUGAAGGUCGCAUAACGCGCGAUCCUCUUCUGAAUAAAAGGUCUGAAUCAGAAAAUCAGAUGUUAGAGAUAUGUGUAUCAUAUGGUCGCUUGAGCAAUAGCUUAGACCUGGCAUAUCAACGCAAAGCAGAAAGGCUGGAGAACUUAAACAUAUACCAUAGAGUGGGCAUUGUAGCAGUCAGUCUGGAGAGUGCAAGCAUCCAUCAUGAAAGUCUUAAACAUUUGGAAGAUCUCCAACAACGAAUGAUAAUAGAUUAUCUUGUGAAUUUGCGAAAUAAGAUGGACGAGCAUACAAGGCUCCAAUUAGAGGUCAUGAUGGAAUCAAGUCAACUUCCAACACUUUGGGAGAAUAAACCAUUUUUCUUUUCUCGAGAAUAUGAGAAAAAUUUCAAUGACAAAGGCCUAAAUGACCUGACUGAAUAUGCUUUUGCGCAAGGGAAUAUAUGUCCUGCAGUAGUAAAGGAAAAAUGGCCUGAUUUAGUACAUUGUGAUGGAAGUUCAAUAGAGGUGGGAGAACCUGCCACUAUGAAUACUGUUUGUCCUGCAGGAAUAGCAGGAAUGACUUUUGAAAGGUCAGGAAAGACUCUUUGGAGCAGUUGUGGAAAGAGACUAUUGGAUAUAGUCAUGGAGUCAGAGUCAAACCAUUAUUUAAUGAGGGCGGUAAGAGAUUCGCUACUCCUUUUGGAAUCAAAGGAUUGGAAAGUAGUUGCUAAUGAAGCAUUCACUGAAAAUAUGAAAUUCUUAUUUGGAGUUAACCAAAGAGAAUAUGCACAUUCUAGCAGGCCUUUGGGAAAAGGACAUAUGAGAAAAGUUUCUGCUCUAGACCCUAAAGUCUGGAAACAUCAGGACAAUACUGCACCUAUUAAAGGUGUAAAUACCAAAGUACCAAUUCUCCUAGAAAGAAUGACCAGAUUCAACAGCUUAGCUUCCAAAGUGAAGAUGUCUGAACAGAGCUAUAAUCGAUUUGAUCACCUUUGUAAAGACACUUCAACAUCAUUAGCAGAAAUGAUUGAAAACCGAGAUUUUCUAACCACAAUAUCCUGGUUAGAGGAAGCUGCUACAGUGGUCAAGGUGAUGCUCCUGAACAAUUACGAUGGUGUUAGCAUUGCUCCUGUAAUGCUAGACAGUUUUAUAUCAGGUUGGGUAAUUAAAGGCCCAGCCCAUCCACGAGAACAGACCGAUCGAAUACCGAUAGUCUAUAUUCAAGUUCUCAAACAAGGUGGAAUCGCAUGGGACAAAGCGAGUGGAUCUGCUCAUCACAAUUUAGCACUGUUGACAGCUAGUGAGACCGUCCUCUUCAUGAUGGACAAUAACUCUGAGUUAGAAAACACCUUGGGUAAUAUUAAAAGACUAGUAUACAUGCUAGAUGGAUAUGAGAAAGGAUUCAAACCAUUUCUGUUGGAAGGGGGAAAUCCAGAGGAGAAAGUCAAUGAAGGACUUAGAAUAAUAUGA